AUGUUGCUCUUUGCGGACCCUGACCCAGACGACGAUAGCAACCGCAGAGAAGACGACGAAGAUGGCCGCGCCCGAGGCCGCGACGGCCACCUCCGAGCCCAGGCUCAGCAUAGCCGCCUCGCUGGCGUUUUACUUGCCGAAAUGGCUGGUGUUGGUGCGCGCGCAGUUUGGGAGAUCGCUUUCGAUCGCUCAUUCGCCAAGUAUCCCUUCUAG